ACUACUAAACCGAACCUAUGUCUGGAAAAGGUAAAUACCGGGGUAACCGGCAGAGGCAUAGCCACACAACAUUGUCUCAUGUGGCUAAAGAAACGGCGACAUCUCUACCCGCAGACAGUCCGGUGCUGGCUAUGUUUAAAGACGCAGCUUUGAAGUUGAAUGAUCGUCAAGAUAGACACGAAAGACUCGUUAAACUCUCGAGGGAUAUAACUAUAGAGAGCAAGAGGAUCAUAUUUCUUUUACAUUCUGUUAUUACUGAAGAAUCUGCAGAAAAAGCUGUUAAAGAAGCUAAUGAACGUCUACAAAAGCUUAUUAAAGGGCCAAUAAAGAGUGUCGGUUUGGAACUUGAAAAUAUUCCAGCUUACUUGCAUUCUAGAGCUGUAACUGCAGGUCUACAAGAAUUCAUUGAAGCCAGGACAUUUUGCUCCUUGAUGGAGAGCAAGGUUAUCAUAACCUGGCCGGAAGUACAAAAGGAAUUCCAGUAUGUAGUGAAAAAUGGGGAUGAAGAUGACAGGACGGUGACCACUUUGUUACCACAAACAGACUAUAUGCUGGGUAUUGCUGAUCUCACUGGUGAAUUGAUGCGGAAAGCAAUAAACUCAAUAUCCAGCGGUGACAGUCAGGAAUGCUUCCACGCUUGUCAAGUUGUGAGGGAUCUUUAUACAGGAUAUUUAGGACUCUUCGGCAUGGGUAAGGAGCUAGCUCGUAAAAUGACCACAACACGUAAUAACGUUGCUAAAGUAGAAGCAGCCGUGUAUGCGUUACGUGUGAGGGGUGGGGAGGCCCCACCAUUGUUGUUGCUACCGGCCAAACCUGAGUGGGAAGUGAUGGAGCACUCUGACGAUGAAGGAUUUUAUUAAGUGAAGAUAAUAAUGUUAAUAUAAUCUAUUGGAUCAUAAAAAA